CGCGUCGCGGGUUUCGCAGCGGCGUUCACACCGCGUCCCGUGGGAAGCGCCCCGGGAGACGCCGGAGGAGCGUUAAUUCACAGACAGGAUGCUGCAUGUGGACCUCCCCUCCCCUCUCCCCUCCCCCCAACCCUUCCCCCUCUCCGCCCCCUCCUUCUCACCUCAAUGUCCUGAUCUUGACCUGUCGCUCCCUCUCAGUCCAACCCCAAAGUCAAACCCAACGCCCCCUGACCCUGAACUCCACCCACCCAGAAGACAGGGACACAGACAGGUCCAUUUUGCGAAGCCUCUGGUUGUAAAGGUAACCCCUGACCCUAGCAGCCGCAACCCCCACCUACCUAAACAACCAACAAGGAGCCAGAGAGGGAGAGGAUGUUGCCCUGGCAGAAUCCACGGCCAGAAGGCGGAGCCUACUGUUGCAGUAGCCAAUGAGAAGAAAGAUUGUCUUAAUGGGGGUGCGGCUUUCUUAGAUGAGGCGGAGUUAAAUACUUCCUUAGCUCUGAAAGCAGAACUCACAUCACUGCAGAGGGCGGAAUUUAACUCCCAGAAGGCUGUUAAGGAAACUCUGCUCAAGUCUGUCAGAACCAAAAACCUCAUUGAUACUAAGGCUACUGAAGGAGUAAAUGUCUCUCUCGCCCAGCAGCUCUACAGCUCAUUGGUCAGUGUCAAUUUGGAGGCUGAUCAGCUGAUCAGUCAGGCGCUACAGGAUAGGCUCCAGCUGGCCCCGCCCACUUGUAGCCAUGACGACAAAGUAGUGGCAAUUUCUGACAGGAAAGAACAGUCAUCAGGUUCUUCCUCGCUAUUUGAGUUCUUCACCCCUGAAUUCUUCAGAGAGAAGCCAUGCCUAUGGAGGGAGGAGCCAAACAACAAGCCCCGCCCACAACCCACACCUCGACCCGCCCACUCCACCUUUGACCUCUUUAGACGACAGAUACAUUGGCAGGCCACCCCUUAACACACACACACACACACAGUUACUAUAAACACCUUGUAAAUAUUAAGUUGGGACGGCUGUUUUUAUU